CUAACUCGAAGAUCUAAGAGAGAGGAAGAGAGAGAAAGUUGUGCCAGUUUAUUCAUAAAGCACGUGGAUUGUGUUAUUUUUUUAUUUCUCUCGUAACUCUUUCGUAAAAAAAUCCAAUUUCAAAGAUGCCAAAAUCAAAGAGGGAUAAAAAAGUAUCUCUCACUAAAACCAAUAAAAAGGGUUUAAUUCUGAAACAGCGGAUUGUAGAAGAUGUUAAGAAAUGUGUAGAAGACUACAAUCGCAUAUUUUUAAUCUCUAUUCAAAAUACACGCAAUACCAAGCUUCUUGACUUGCGAACAGAAUGGAAAGAUAGCAGAUUUUUUUUUGGUAAACUUAGAAUAAUUGCAUUGGGUUUGGGAAAAUCACAAGAGACUGAGGUUGCAGAUGGCAUACAUAAAUUGGCUAAUGCAAUAAAGAAUCAUUCGAUGAAAGGUCAAUGCGGUCUGUUAUUCACUAAUAGAUCAAAGAAACAGGUAGUAGAAUGGGCACAGGAAUAUGAAGAAAGAGAAUACGCACGUUCUGGAUUUGUAACACCUGAAACAGUCGAAUUACCAGAAGGACCUUUGUCACAGUUUCAACACAGCAUGGAACCUCAGUUAAGGAAGUUGGGGAUGCCUACUUCAUUGCAAAAGGGAGUUAUUACUUUAAUUAAACCAUUCAAAGUUUGUCAAAAAGAUGACAUAUUGACACCAGAGCAGGCACAAAUUUUGAAAUUAUUGGAUAAACCACUGGCAGUUUUCAAAUUAUUACUUUUGGGAGUAUAUACAAAGAAACAUGGUUUUAAAAAACUCAAAGUAUCAGAUAACACAACAGAAAAUGAUGAAGAAGAAAUGGAUGUGGAUAACAACGAUAACACAUGAAAAUUACAAUUUCAGAAGUAUAUGUAUAUAUGAUUUUAUAUAUAAAUAUAUUUUGUUAUUUGUAA